CUAGCCACUAGAUAAACCAAGAUUGCAAUGUGUAAUGACAAUACUUUCAAAAUAUUGACAAUGACAUAUGACAAUUGAAAAUUUAAACUAAACGCAGAAAAAUCAGAAAGAUAACUUUAUAUUGUUUACAGUUUCAUAAGUUUCCAUUUAAUAAUAUCAUUAGCGCUUUAAAAUGUUACGCAGUAUUUUGAAGAGACCCAUUUACAAUUCUGCUAUACAAUUAUUUAAGUUUUUGUCAAUACAAACAGAAAAACCAAUAAGGAAUAAAUAUAACGCCAACUGUAAAAUUCGUCGCGAGAUAAUACAUGUGGAUGUUUUCCGGCAAUUUUCAACAAAACAACCCCGUUUUGAAGAAGUAAUAGUAGAUUAUGAUUAUGUAAAAAAGGCCACAACUAAUGAAAACAUUUUACUCAUUGAUGUGAGAGAACCUGACGAAAUAAAAGAACUAGGAAAAAUUCCAAACAGCGUCAACAUUCCAUUGGGAAAUGUAUCUACAGCACUAGGCACCAUGACAGAAAAAGAAUUUCAAAAAUUGUACCAGAUUAAGAAACCUUCUGAAGAUGCUGAAAUAAUCUUUUAUUGUAUGUCUGGAAAGAGGUCUGGUAUGGCACAACAGAAUGCUUUUAAUCUGGGAUAUAAGAAUGUGAAAAAUUAUCUUGGAAGUUGGAUAGAAUGGUCUAGCAAAAUGCAGUAAACGAGCUGCAGCAAGAUAGAAUAUUAACAGCUAGUCCCACAUCCAAAUUAUACUUUUUUGUUAUCUA